UAGAGAAGAGAAUUUGUUCUAGUUGGCGAAGUGACAUUCUGUAUUGUCGUCUCAGUGGUUUAUUGUUAUUAUUUACAAUAACAUAAGGUUGUCAAGCUAUUUGUAUGUGGAAUUCAAGAAUUUGGCUGUGCUGUGUACAGAUGGUCUUCUGAAUGUGAUAUUUAUUAAGGUUUAAUUCACGACACCAAAGUUGAGCACUAGAACCAAAACAUGGAGCCAUCCUUCAUGAGCUCUGACAGCAAUUGUUUGUUCUUUUAAGUUUCAACAAAUAUUGACACAGUAUGAGUGAGAACAGUAACUCGGAGGAGUCAGAAGAGGCCAUUAGCCAGCACCUUGAAGACCUAGGAAUGCUGGAAGAUGGCAUGACUUUAGAUGAUAAACGUAGUCUGUGGACAGUGGUCAAGAUAUCUCAAGACACUGCAAAGGCUGAAGAACAGGACCGCCAAAAGCAAGCAAGACGAGCCCUGCAGUUCGAUCAGGUAUCGUCAAGAACUGAAUCAUCAUCUGGAUCAGAGGAAAGCCCUGAUAUUGUUGUUCGGUCUCCCACCUGUAAAGGAGAAGACAAGACAAGUGAAGAAGAGAAAAAACCUACCAUCGCAGCCGUAUUACCCCAACUGCGCACUACACCAUUGGCUUCGGUGGCACCUAGUCAGCGCACGACAGCUACUGUUCUUCCUCUUUUCCGUUUCUGCGAAGGCGACAUGUCUCAGGAUCAGACUACUGUAAAUUCAGGUUCUGCAUCAGUGCCGUCAUGUUCUGAGUCGAACCCAGUCGACGUUUCACAAAAUCAGCAGGUUGAUUCAAAAUUUGAGGAUUCUCAUUCUCCAAUCAGGUGUGUUGCACAGCCAUCAGUGAGGCGGCACAUGAGAUCAAGUCCAGAUGUGGAGAUGAAAGAGUUUAAGAAACUGAAUCCCAAAAAUAAUUUGUCAAGGUUAAAUUCAUCUAGUUCCCCACUCUCGAGACUGUCUGAUAAAGAGCAGGAUGAACUUCAAACAGUACCACAAACUGAACGUGUAACGGAGGUAUUAAAGUCUGAAGCCCCUCAUAGGAAUAGCGUCAUGACAAGUAGUGACGUUCCUAAACUUACCUUGUCUUCAAGAAAAUCUGUUGAGCACCGUGAACAGGGUACUACAUCGUCUUCGACAGUCCCUGUUAAGUCGUCAAAACAUUCUGAUCAGGAUGCGCUUGUGUCACCUGUGUCCAACUCUCAGGAGUCAUUCCUAGUUAGGAGGAUGCAGCACAGUUUAAGAAUGUCAAAUGAUCGGAAAAAUGACGUCAAAGAGAAAAUUAAUGACAUAUCUGAAAUUAAUGAAGACUGCUGUGAAGAGAAUAAUUUUGAUGCCUUAAAGGAACAAACCGAGGAUAUGGAAAAAAUGACGCCCGGUUGUAGUUCUGUAGAUAAUGUGCCUUCUUCAUCGAGUUACUCGCCAUCAAACGAAGCCAAAUCCAAGGAAAAUUGUAACAAUAGUAGGGACACCAAAAAAAAAGUUUCAGAGGACCGAGAAAGAAACAUUAAUGCCUUCGACUGUGAUAGGAGCAAUUAUGGACGGACUCUGAAAGCUCGCAAGGCGAAGAGGGCGCGCUUAAGACUGCCAUUUUACAUUCCUCCACGCAAAAUGGACAUCCACACUUAUAUCACGUAUUUCAAGACGAGCAUUAAGGAGCAGGCGGUACGUCUGAUCGAGGUGAGUUGAUUGCUAGUGGAAUAU